UCGAUGUGCCCUUUUUCCAGAUCCAAAUCACCAAAUCCGUGUGCUGCUCAGUGCUCACUGCCACUCCAAUAGGCAACCGCACCAUUCGUGGCAACAAAAGCCCGCCCAGACUCAUCAGCAGCCUGUCUCCAUCUCCAUCUCCAUCCAUGAGCAGUGAGAAGCACACCAAACCACAGUUAAUUAAUCACUUAAUCCUCACUCUAAUCUCCGACAUGAUCACGAUCCACAGCUAUACAAGCCUCCUGAGCAUUCCAGACCACCAAUCCGAGCCCCACCAUUACUCCCAUAACAAUUCCCUGCUCGCACCAACCCGGCGACCAGCAGAGCUUGCUGCUUGCCCAAGAACCGCGCGCCACGACGCUCUGCCUUGGCAAGGCAUCCCUAAUCUGGUAGCUGACAGCCAACUAAUGAGCGUCAUGUCCACGGUGUUGGACGCGUCGCCGGGGACUCCACCUCCGUCGCCGCCGCCGCCGCCGCCGGGCCACCGCGGGUGCUGCACCUCCGGCGCGACGCUGGAGCUGGUGGGCGCGUUCACGGCGGUGUGCCUGGUGCUGUACGGGGUGAUCCUGUACAUGAACUACCUGUACGUGCGCUGGAGCGGCCACGACGGCGUGCACCGGACGGACUCCGGCGCGGGGCUGCCCGCACGGAAGAGGCCCGCCGGCGGGAUCGAUAAGGCGGCGCUGGCGGCCAUGCCGGUGCUCAGGUUCAAGGCGGACGCAAACGGCUUCGGCGGCGGCGAGGGGGACUCGCCUAUGGAGUGCGCGGUGUGCCUGAGCGCCAUGCAGGACGGGGACGCGGUGCGCGCGCUGCCCGGGUGCCGGCACGCGUUCCACGUCGCCUGCGUCGACGCCUGGCUCUGCACGCGCGCCACCUGCCCCGUCUGCCGCGCGCGCCCCUCGCUCCCGCCGCCGCAGCAGGCGCCCAAGGCCGGCGCCAAGGUGCCCGGAUCCUCCGGCCGGCAGCCGGACCUGGACCUGGAGAGCCAAGUGUAGCGCCCCGCGCGCGCGCCACGGCGAACUGCAAAGGUAGGUAGCUCGUAGCUGUUGCCUUCUGCUCCAAAACUGCAGCCUUCUUCUUGGAGUGAAUGAGUGAGUGAAUGAUUAGAUAUAGGCAUCCUGUAAGUACAUAAUUUUGGUGUUAAUCUCUGUGGAUUGGGACGGACAAGGACAAUGUCUGUACCGUGUCAUGUAAUUCCGCCUGUGCAUUCUUUGACAGUGAAAACCUUCUCUGCAAUCACUCUGCAUUUUACAACAGUUUUGUUUUUGGAAGGUCCUGCAGUAUUUUGCAUUGCAUUGGAACUUGUUUCUCA